AUGUCAUUCCAGUCUUUCAAAAUACCCGACUCUAAAAAUGUCAAAAGACGUGUCGGUACCAACAAAGACAGCUCUGGGCUGAACCUCCAGGCCCAAAAGCUUCUCCUAGAGUAUCUGGCCGAUAAUUCCGAGGAAUAUUGUCGCCUCCGAGAUCUGCGACAGAAGGGCUGGGAGAACAGUCAGGGGGAUCAAUAUUUCAAGAAGCAACGACAAGAUGCAGACGGGGCCAAUGAGAGGGUGCGUGAAUUCUUCUUCCAGAUGAUGAAGAAUAUCGCUGUCGACCUCGACAAGUCAACAGGUGCCUUAACACGAGGUUCCCUCAGAACAGAACGUGUUCUCGACAUGUGCGCUGCACCGGGAGGUUUCAUUGAUCAAACCAUGGCCAUGUGUCCCAAUAUCAACCGAGUCAGAGCCAUGAGUCUCCCCGUAGAAGAAGGUGGCCACGAGAUCAGACUUGAGAACAAGCACGUCAACGUUGAGUUUCGUGAUAUCACGAUGCUAGCCGGCGACAUUGGCAUUACCCAACAAGACAUCCCAGACAACUUCCCCGAUCGCGACAAUUUCAUACUGGAACGGGUCUUCAAGCUCGAUGAGAAGUAUGAUCUCGUCUUCUGCGACGGCCAAAUCCUACGAACUCACGAACGUGCUGAAUGGCGCGAAUGGGGUGAGGCAACUCGCCUGAAAUUGACGCAAAUCACUCUAGGUCUAGAGCACUUGAGCGUGGGCGGAACCAUGGUCAUCCUGAUGCACAAGCUGGAUAGCUGGCGCAAUUUCCAUCUCAUCCAUCAGUUCAGCAAGAUCGCUGAUGUUUCCCUAUACAAGCAUUACAAGCACCACCGUACGAGAUCGUCUUUCUACCUCGUGGCCAAAGCGGUACAAGCAGAGAGUUUGUACGUCAAGAGUCUUGUGGAAGGGUGGAAGGAACAGUACAAGAUUGCGACGUUUGGUAGUGAGGAGGACUAUGCCAAGAUGCAUCGGCUUGGUGAAGAAGAUGCCGGAAGCAUGAUUGAAGAGUUUGGGGCUGAGUUCAUCCAGAUGGGGACCGAGAUUUGGAGGGCCCAAGCCGAUGCAUUAGAGAGAGCGCCUUACGUCAGAAGUUAUUAA